UCCCGUCUGUCCAUGUUAAUUAUGAUACCAUAAAUAUCUAAGAAAAAUUAACACGUGAACAAUAAUAACUGAAAGCAAUGCUCCAUACAUACCUAUCUAACAUUGCUACGUGGAGAUUUGUCUUUUCACCAGAAAUCGCCACCUCCAAUAACUCUUAAAUCCAAUCCAACGUAGUAUUAUUAAUUAACAUUAUCCUAUGUUAUUUUCUUUUUUAUAUUAUUGUUGAUGGAUAAAUAGGAUAUCUAAUACAGAUAUGUCUCUACAUAAAUGGAACAUUUUUAUAGGACACCAACGUAUGUAGGUGGUCAUAGUGAUUUUUUAUAUUUUUUAUUAAAUUAAAAUUAGUGAGACUCAAAAUAUUAUAUAUUGGAGCGAUAACGAUAUUAUACCUCCAAAUAAGCUAGGCACCAUACCCUUUAUCAUUUCUCAUAUAAAUAUCACCAAAUCAACGAGUCAUUUUAGACACACUUAUAUCCACACUUCCAAUAUUCAUUAUCUUUACUAGCUACUAUACAGUACCCUAAACACUACUAUUACCACCACAACUCUCUCGCUCUCUCUCUCAGUUAUUUCAUGGACCACCUACUUUCCAACAUCUCCGGUGGCCCCGGCAAGGAUCAUUCCACCGGCGAUCAGCACCAGGCCCAGCAACAGCACCAGAACCAGCAACAUCCAUCAUCGAAGGAGCUUCUGUCGAGCGCCAAGCUGAUGGCAGAGGCGGCUCAAACCGCUGCCAGCCAUGGGUUCGGCCAGGUCGACAAGGGCAAGACGGCUGGCGCUGCAGCCGACCUUCUGGACGCCGGAUCUAAGUACGGAAAACUGGAGGAGAAGAGCUUCGGAAAGCACGUGGAGAAGGCAGAGGACUAUCUCCGCCAGUACGAGACCAAGAACAGCACUGGCCAAGGUCACCCGCUGCAGUCGGCUGAACAUCAUCAGCAGCAGGCCGGCCAUGGUGGUGGUGAUCAUCACGAGAAGAAGCAGUCAGAUCAAGAAGGUGGAAUUGGGGGCUACAUGAAGAUGGCCCAGGGUUUCAUGAAAUAGAGUAAUAUGUAUUAUUAAAUUAUUUAUGUUUAUGGUAUGGGUCUAGGUUUAUCAGUUCA